GAGGAUGAGGGAGUGUGAGGGCCUGACAGAUGCUCUGCUCUACGUCAUCCAGACCGCUCUGGGGAGCAGUGAGAUUGACAGCAAGACCGUAGAGAACUGUGUGUGCAUCCUGAGGAACUUGUCGUACCGUCUGGCAGCAGAGACAUCUCACAGCCAGCAAGGGGGAUCGGAGGAGCUGGACGGUCUGUUAUGUGACACCGGCGGUAAGGACGCAGAGAGUUCCGGAUGCUGGGGCAAGAAGAAGAAGAAAAAGAAGGGACAUGAUCAGUGGGAUGGCGUCGGCCCAUUUCCAGAUUUGGCGGAGCCCCCGAAAGGAAUCCAGAUGUUAUGGCACCCUACUAUCGUCAAGCCCUACCUCACACUGCUGUCUGAGUGCUCCAACCCAGACACCCUGGAGGGAGCAGCUGGGGCCCUGCAGAACCUAGCUGCUGGCAGCUGGAAGUGGUCGGUGUAUAUCCGGGCUGCAGUGCGUAAGGAGAAGGGCCUUCCUAUCCUGGUGGAAUUGCUGAGGAUAGACAACGACCGGGUGGUUUGUGCCGUGGCCACCGCGCUGAGAAACAUGGCUCUCGACAUUAGAAACAAGGAGCUUAUUGGUAAAUAUGCCAUGAGGGACCUGGUGCACCGUUUGCCCGGAGGCAGCAACAACAACAACAGUAGCGGCGGGGGAGGAGGAGGCGGAGGAAGCACCAACAGCAGCGUCCUGGCGGGAAAAACCAUGUCGGACGACACCAUUACGGCUAUCUGCUGCGCACUGCACGAAGUCAUCACCAAGAACAUGGAGAACACCAAGGCCCUGAGGGACGCCGGCGGCAUCGAGAAGCUCAUCGGCGUCGCCCGCAGCAAAGGAGACAAAAUUCCCAGACAUAGUCCUAAAGUGGUGAAAGCAGCAUCUCAAGUCCUGAACAGUAUGUGGCAAUACAGAGACCUUCGCAGCCUCUACAAAAAGGACGGCUAUUCCCAGUACCAUUUUGUCGGCUCUUCCUCCACAAUAGAGAGAGACAGACAGCGACCUUAUUCUUCUUCUCGUACUCCGUCCAUCUCUCCCGUACGGACCUCACCCAACAAUCGAUCAGCAAGCGCCCCUACUUCCCCGAGGGAGAUGAUGGCAUUGAAGGAGAGGAAGGCAGACUACGAGUCAACUGGCAAUGCCAGUUACCAUGGCAACAAGGGCGAACACACAUCCCGAAAGGAUGCCAUGAUGGGUCAGCUCUCCAGCGGGUCUUCCACGCUGCACAGAGGAGCAUACGUGUCGCCCACUGAUGACCUAAAGUAUAAUCAGAUCUCUUCUCAAGGCCUGCCUUCAGAACCUUACCCUCCUUUCCAAAAUCCUCCUCCGCCUGACAGCGUCAACUACGAGGACCAGGCCUUCUACGAGAACCAGGUUCAUGCCGCCGGGCGCCCACCGCAGGGAGACCUCAACAUGCACCUGCAGGGCCUCAAGUCCACCGGCAACUAUGUAGACUUCUACUCAGCCUCACGGCCCUACAGCGAGCUCAACUAUGAGACCAGCCACUAUCCGGCCUCACCAGACUCCUGGGUCUAAUGGGAGAUGAGGGUGGAGGAGGAGAGGAUGGAUGGGGGAAGGGGGUAGUUUAAAGAGUGAGAGAGAGGAUGAUAGGACAGUUUCCCUCCCUUUCCUCCCCAUCCUCCUCUGUAGUUCCUGAGUAGCAUCAUAGAUAGCAGGACAACGGAAGGGGAGGAUGGAGUGCAGGAAAAGAGACAUGAAGAGAAAAUGUAAGACACAACACUCCUGUCGUAGACAUCUGAGGGAGGAGGGACAGCGGACAAAGGAUGAACAGAAGCAAACAGAGGAGCAGCCAUGCAUGUGCAUGCACACCACCAACAAAACUAACGGACACAUUUUCUUUUUGUGUUUAGUUUGGGAUCAACUACUGCUGCAAGGUUCAGCAGACAGAAAGACCUCCUGCACCUGAAGGCCUCUGAAUACAGAACGUAAGAGGGAGGGACAUGAUGAAAGGGAACAUGAAGGGAAAGAUGGCAAAAGUGGGAAAUAUAUGGAGAUGAAGAAGGACAAUGAAAGAGAAAAAUGAAUCGGUGGACUCAAGAAUGGAAAGUUUUGGAUUGUGAAUGGAACGUGUGAGAUAUACCCAGGAGAAACCUGUACAUAUGUGGUAUAGCAACAUGGCUUUUCGUAAUGUGAAGCACAAGAAGCAGAGCUGUAGGAACAUGUAGGAUGUAUGUCACACAAACCUUUGUUUCUCUCUAUGGCUUCAACGUGAUGCAUCCUCCUCUGUGCAAAGAAGGCUUCUGGACUUUGUCAUUUGUUAGAGUUUUUUUUUGUGUUUCUACUUUUUUAAUUCUCAAUUCUGGUUGUAUAGUAUUUGAUGUACACUGUACAUUUGCGAAGAUGCAUUGUGUACUGUACAUUGCACUAUUUUCUGUGUCAUGUUCUGGCCUUUCGUCAUUGGGUCAACCUCACUUCGUCACUAACUGUCCCCCGUUAAAACACUCACAAAUACACACAAUAUCUGCACUCAGACUUUCAAAAUUCAUAUCACAGCUACAGAAGGAUGUCCACACGUUGCUAUUGUGACAUAUUGGAUAUGAAUUGGGUUUUAAAGACAAUUCUGUUAGGUCACGGUGCUCCUUUAACUGCCCUACAGAUAGUUUUCACAGAAUGGCUGACUCAAACAGUUGAGCAGCUUUUUUCUGUGACAAAACUCCAAUUUCUUAAAGCUAGCUUUGGUUUUCUGGCGGCUAUCUUUCCACAUCAACACCUCAAAUUCACUUUUUUGUUUCCCACGAGUCUCUCCUUUGAGUGAACUGUGCUCAUUGUGUAUAUAACUGUGCCAAACAAGGGUCCCUUCCCCCCAGAGGGGAAGGUUAGGGGUGUGUUAAAGGGUCCAAGUUCAGCUGAAGCUCUCAGCUGGACAUCCUUGCGGUUCUAAAGAUGCCAGUUUGUAAAUGCUUUGUUUUUUCUAAACUGUGUUUUACCGGGAUGAAACCUGUCUUAACUGCACCGGGACUGGGGAGAAAAUACAAAAAGGAAACAAAAAAGAGAAAAAAGAAAAUCAUGGAGGGACUGUGACCGGGCGGAGCAACGCUUCCUCAAAAGAUGUACAAAACUAGUUGAUUUCUGUGUUGUAAAAUAAUCAAUGUUUGAAGUACAAAAAAAAAAAAAAAACUUUUCUGAGAGAUGGGUGGCAAUUCUAACUUCAUGGUAGACAAAACUGUUAAUAGAGUACGGAUAUAUAUUAUAUAAAUAUAAAUAUAUACUUUUUAUGUGCAGAUGUGGAUGUCACUUAUAGCAGCAACAUUAUGGAAAAAGACUUGUAAAAAACAAAAACAAAAAAACAGCUACAUGUAGGAAUUUUGUUCACAUUUUAUUUUCUGGUCAACACACUAAAUUGUCGACUUUGUGUAGUAAUGUUGUUGCUAUGUGGAGUAGAGUAGACCAGGGCCCAGGGAUCCACGUUUUCACUAAAGCAGUCCAAAAAGGUGCUACACCCAUGACAAGUAUUUCCAACAUGUCUGUAUUUUAACUGUGCACAAAAUGUUUGUUCCCCUUCGGAUUGAUAACAAUGUAUUGAUUUUCAGCCACAUAACGGAGAACGAUCACAAGUUUGAUUUUUGUAAAUCCUAUGCAUGAAAACGCCCUAAUUAAUUAGUCUUAUUAUGCUAAAUAGCAAAAAUUGCACCCAUGAAUGCAUCAGUAUUCUUUGUCAGUAAACCUGGAACGAAAUGGUGAUUUGUUUUUCUUUUCUUUUUUUAUAGUGAGAAAGGCUAAAUUGUAAAAUGUGACAACAGACCCUGGUUCUCCCUACCCAACGCUGUUUAGAAGUCUUAGAGUCAUCUUCUGAUGCUUGAAAAAUUAUACUGUAAUACAACUGUCCCCACAAAAACUGGAUGAAAAACAGACAGACUGUAUUUGUUAGUAAGCAUCUGGAAGCGUUAUGUAUGUCCUUGUGAUCCGUAGGCAGAAUAACCUGACUAUAAGACCUGUAUGGAGAUAUAACGUCGGUAACCUUUUUGUUGCUAGACCAAACGUGUUUUAAAAAGAGAAUUGUGAAUCUUUCUAUUGCCUCAAACAGAUUGCAACUGCUCCAAAAAAUAUAAACAGACCAUCGAAGAAC